ACAUUCCGACCAAAGAAACGUUUCCCGGUUGGUACUCUCCGUUAUAACCUGCAUAAACAAGCGCAAGCUACUCUACAUUCUGGAGUUGACUUAAGAGCAGCAGUACGCUUACCAAUCAAUGAAAAUUUUGAUGAUUGGUUGGCGGUACACACCGUCGAUUUCUUCAAUCGCAUCAAUCUUCUCUACGGUACUAUUGCGGAUGCUUGCACGGCAAAAAGUUGUCCAACGAUGAGCGGAGGUCCAAGGUAUGAGUAUUUAUGGCAAGAUGGAGUGGAUUACAAGAAACCGACGAGAUUGCCAGCACCUGACUACAUCUAUCUACUGAUGGAUUGGAUCGAAAUUCGUAUCAACGACGAAAAUAUAUUUCCAUCUUGCACAACAGUACCAUUUCCCCGCGAUUUUCGACAGGUUUGCAAGAAGAUUCUAACGCGUCUGUUCCGUGUCUUUGUGCAUAUUUACAUUCACCAUUUUGAUCGUCUUUCACAACUCGGCGCGGAGCCACACGCUAAUACCUUAUAUAAGCAUUUUUAUUUUUUCAUCACCGAGUACGGGAUGGUCUCAACAAAGGAAUUGGAUGCAUUAGUAAGUAAUGUUAAUGUUUCAUUGAUCUAUCAGUUCAGAGCUAUCGUUAAUAUGCAUUCAAUGUGCUACUGUUUCGGAGAAGUGCUUUUGACGAUUGUAACAAACUGA